GAACAUUCAGAUGAAACAUGGGUCCCUACAUGUUGAUAUUGCUGCUACUGACAGCGGCGAUUGGCUGGGCCCAAACCUGUUACCGUCCCGGCGGCUCAGCGGCUGAUUACCGCUAUGUACCAUGUAACGCGGGAAGACAAAGCAUGUGCUGUCGCACAAAUGAUAACAACUAUCCGGACAUCUGCAGGACCGAUGGGUUAUGCCAGGAAACUGAACAGGACGUGAUAUGGAGAGAGUCUUGUACGGACCCGACCUGGCAGUCUCCGCAAUGCUUGCGACUAUGUAUAGACGGCGCUGGUUUCGGCAAUGAUAAUAUUAUCACUUUCUGCUCUGAUCAGAGUAUUUGUUGUGGGUAUCAGAACAUGUCGUGCUGUGGUACAAAGCAAGCUGUUUGGAUCUCAAAUGGGCAGAUUGUGACGACUUCUCCUGGUCCGUCAACCACCUCACAAAUUGUCAGCUCUGCGAGUACGCCUUCUACACAGUCCACAAACACCAUUACAUCCUCUGGGAGUACGCCCUCUAGCCAGCCCACAAAUAGUAUCGCAUCCUCUGAAAAUACCGGCCUCUCCAAGGGAGCUAAGACCGGCAUUAGCAUUGUAGUCUCUCUCGUUGUAAUCAUUACAACUAUUGGCGUCGCUUUCGUCUGUAUCCGUCGCAAGCGUUCAAGAAAUGCUCUUAUAGCCCAUGGAAAUGGGGCUUUAGAGCUUCGAGGCUGGGACUUUGAGCACAAGGCGGAGUUAACCGGCACUGUACUCACAGUCAACACAACAGAGAGGGGCCUUGGGAAGCCUGAGUUAGACGCAGUCAAUACCUCAGUAGCGGCUGUACUCGAGCUGGAUAACAACAAUACUCGUCAAGAAGCUCAAGAGCUAAGCAUUUCAAGGAGCCAGCCUCAUACUUCAAACCCAGCCCUCGCACCCAUUAGUGAAUACGCACCAAUAACUGGACUCGACCCAGCAGCAGGGAUCCAGGCGCUAGAGCUCGAUACUACAAUGCCAAUCCCUAGAGCUAAUAUAACUCAAACGUCAAAGCCUUUCAUUAUUCCACCACCACUAAUAGGGAGUACGAGUGAAGUAAUGCCGCAUCCUCCUAAUUUGGGCCUCAGCCUAGCAAAUGAAUCACAAACCGAAGAAGGCGACCUGCAAUACCAGGAACGAAGGUUAAGGGAGAAGCGAGAACUUCUUGCGGAGAAGGAAAGGCUGGCACUUGAAGAGGAUAGGUUGAGAGAGAGGAGGGCUAAUCUGAAUAUAUAAGAGCAAAUGGAUAACUAGCUACUCAAGGCUAUACUACCCCGCCUUAGUACUCUCUCAGAGUACUAUCUAUAACGGGUUGCACCCAUGAAUAUACUCAGCGCCAUGCGC